GCUUGCCAUAGUUCACUGGAGCUUCUUUAUGCUUGACAUUUAGUCCUUGCACCUACCCCGUUUGCUUCCGACAUAAAGAAUUUAUGAACCUGAACAUCGCCGCCAAGACGCUCGCAGGCCCCAAACCUGGUGCAGCUACAAAACCUAUUAGCAGCGUAGGUAGUCCUCGGAAGUCGCGCCCAACCGUGUCUUCAUACGCGGCUGUCGCGGCGGGCAUGGCGCCCAACGCAAAGAACAGCUUCGCAGCCCUGGACGCUGUUGGCGACGACGAGAGCGUGGCAACAGCAUCGGUGCAUAAGGAGGAGCCUGCAGAGAGCUGCUCAUCUCAUGACGAGCAGGAGAAGGAGUCGACAUCGGGGGGGCGGCGGAAACUGCGGAACCCGCUUGUAUGGGUGGACCUCGAAAUGACCGGGCUGGACAUUGAGAAGGACACCAUUAUUGAAAUGGCCUGCAUCAUUACGGACGGAGAGCUGGAGAGGAGCGUGCAGGGCCCCGCCACCGCCAUCCACCACAGCGACGCCGUGCUUGAGGGCAUGAACGACUGGUGCAAGGAGCACCACGGCGCCAGCGGCCUCACGCAGCGGGUGCGGGACAGCCGAGUGGACAUGGGCGCGGCGGAGCAGAUGCUGCUGGACUUCAUCGCGGAGCACACGGAGGAGGGCAUGGCGCAGCUGGCCGGCAACUCGGUGCACGUGGACCGCAUCUUCCUGCUCAAGCACAUGCCGCGGGUGGUGGCGCACCUCAACUACCGCAUCGUGGACGUCAGCAGCAUCAAGGAGCUGGCCAGGAGGUGGUUCCCCAAGACGUACCGCAAGGCGCCCCGCAAGACGCUGGCUCACACGGCGCUGUCUGACAUCAAGGAGUCCAUCGAGGAGCUCAAGUACUACCGCAAGGCCGUGUUCAAGGACCCGCGGCAGUGCAAGUAGAGCGCGUGUGCAGUUGCCUGUGUCAAAGAGUUGCAGUUGUGAGGCUGUGUGUGCGUGUGUGUAAGUGUGUGUGCGGGUGUAGGUUGAAGCCUGUGGUGCGCAUCGUGCGUGCACUGUAUGGUGCGCGUGGCGGCCUGGUGGGGCGGGGCGGGGCGGGGCAGGCGAAGUGGCCGUGAUGAUUAUGGAAGCAAUGCCGAGGCGGUGCCGCCUGUCCGGGGGCAGUGCUGGAGAUCGGGAUGUGCAGUAUCUCGGUGCGUGUAGACUAUGUACAUGGACCGAGUCCAGGCAUAGGAGCGGUGCAGGCGCGGUGCAGGAGCGGGCGGGAGGAACAGGCGCGGUGGAGCAGGCGGCAAGGACCAACGGUGGCGGCGUGGCAUGUGAUGCGGGGGGAGGGUGAGGGUUGGCGACUGGCCGGACCGCCUGAGCUACAAGCCCGCGACAGUGGUGGCAGACGUUUGAGGAACAUGUCCGCGUGCCCGCAGGGUGUUGCCGGUGUGUUGGCAAAUGUUCAUCAUGAUUUCACCAGGCGAAUGUCUUGUGGUUAUGUGGACGGUACCGUAUGAUGCCGGCUACGUGCCGUGCACUGCGGACUGGGCUGACUGGGGCGGGAUGGAGGCGCUCCCGGGCACCCUUGGAAGAGAGGCGUGGGGAUACCGUGAUGAGGCCUGAAGGCUUGAGGCUUGAAGCUAUGUUGUCAUAUUCGUAAGCACCGGCGCAUACCAACCAUGUGGCUGACCUGGGCUGACGGCGAUGACGGCGGAACCGCUUCGGGGCUGAGAGCUGGAGGCCUGGAGCCUGCUAGGGAGGCCCGGUACGGCAAUACCCUGUCCGGUGCAGUCAUGAAAGUGAC